UAUUUUCGAAGCCAUAGCUCUCUGGUGCAGUUAGCACCUGAAGGUGCAGGGGCGAUGGUCACUGGAAGGUCUGCCCAGCUGUGCCUAGCACUGCUGUUCAUGUCUCUUGAUGUCAUUCUGACAGCCACUGAGAAAUCUGUACUGACCUUGGACCCACCAUGGAUUAGAAUAUUUACAGGAGAGAAAGUGACCCUUUCCUGCUAUGGGAACAAUCACCUUCAAAUGAACUCUACUACUAAAUGGAUCCACAAUGGUACCGUCUCUGAGGUGAACUCUUCACAUUUGGUCAUUGUGAGUGCCACCGUUCAAGACAGUGGAAAAUACAUAUGUCAGAAGCAAGGAUUGUUUAAGAGUAAACCUGUGUACUUGAAUGUAACGCAAGAUUGGCUGCUCCUUCAGACAUCUGCUGACAUGGUCUUAGUCCAUGGAUCCUUUGACAUCAGAUGCCAUGGCUGGAAGAACUGGAAUGUCCGCAAGGUGAUCUACUACAGGAAUGACCAUGCUUUCAACUACAGUUAUGAGAGCCCCGUCUCCAUUAGAGAGGCCACACUGAAUGACAGUGGCACCUACCACUGCAAGGGCUAUCUUAGGCAGGUGAAAUAUGAAUCUGACAAAUUCAGAAUUGCUGUAGUAAAAGCUUACAAAUGCAAGUAUUAUUGGCUACAACUAAUUUUCCCAUUGUUGGUGGCGAUUCUGUUUGCUGUGGACACGGGGUUAUUGCUCUCAACCGAAGAACAGUUCAAAUCAGUCUUGGAGAUUCAGAAGACUGGAAAAUACAAGAAAGUUGAAACCGAACUCCUAACCUAGAUACAUAUAGGAACUAAUGUCAUUGCUGAAGAAGCAAUUCUUAACAGUAAUUUUCUGCAGAAUCCUCAAUAGCUUCUCCACUGUCAAAGGCCACUCAUGUGAUCCCUAGAAAAGUCUGUUCCACAGGAAUUGCAUAAAUGCUUCAUUAAACCAACUGCAGCUGGUUAUGUAACAUGCAAUAAAUAGCAAAUACUCAAUAAACACUGCCUUAAUAAGUUA